AUGAAGUGCAUCGCCAGCCUCACGGUCGGCGCCCUGGCCCUGGCCAACAGCGUCGGCGCGCACUACAUCUUCCAGCAGCUGGCGGUGGCCGGGCGCAGCUUUGGCGUGUACGAGCACAUCCGGCGCAACACAAACUACAACUCGCCGGUGACGAGCCUGACGGACGCGGACCUGCGCUGCAACGUGGGCGGCGGCAGCGGCUCGUCGACCAGCACCGUCGACGUCAAGGCCGGCGACUCCUUCACCUUCACCACCGACGUGGCCGUCUACCACCAGGGCCCCGUCAGCGUCUACAUGUCCAAGGCCCCCGGGUUCGCGGCGGGCUACGACGGCGGCGGCGACUGGUUCAAGACCUUUGACUGGGGCCCCGUCUUCAGCGGCGGCCAGAUCACCUGGCCCCUCAGGAGCACCUACACGCACUCCAUCCCCGCCUGCAUCCCCGACGGCGAGUACCUGCUCCGCAUCCAGAGCCUGGCCAUCCACAACCCCGGCGACGUCCCGCAGUUUUACUCGUCGUGCGCCCAGGUCCGCGUCACCGGCGGCGGCAGCAAGACCCCGUCGUCGACCGUCAAGAUUCCCGGCUUCAUCAAGGCUACAGACCCCGGCUACACCGCCAACAUCUACAACGGCCUCAAGAACUACACCGUCCCCGGCGGUCCCGUCUUUACCUGCUGA